CCCUCGGGGUGGUUCAGUCCCCACGCUCCCCACAUCGCCUCGGGGUGGUUCAGCCCCCACAUCCCCCAUGUCCCCUCGGGGUGGUUCACGCGUCCCGUCAUCUUCUGCUCCCACCAGCUUAGCCCCUCUGGUUCAGUCGUGCUCCUCAUUGAGGGUAAUUCAGUUUCUCCCCCCUCCGGCCCUGUGGUUGGUACGGUCCCCUUGUAACGCUCCCCUCCCCCCCCCCAGCUGCACCCGCGGUUGGUCCGCCCCGGCCCGCUUCCGGCCUGCGCCGGGCCUGGUUCCGGUGUCCGCCCUCCGGCUCCUCCUGCCGUCGCUGCUGCCGCCGCGAUGUUGCUAUUGUCCCGGUCUCGCUGUCUGAGCGGGGCGCUCGGCCGCUCGCUCUGCGCCCUCCGGCAGGGGAACUGUAAUCUGGGGAGACGCUCUCUGUCCGGUGUAUCUCGGAGCCAGGGGCUGGCUUACACCAACAGCAGCAAGCUUGUGGUAAACACCUCCAGUGUCUUCUCCGUCCGUUAUUUCAGAAUCACAGCAGUGUGCAGGGAUGACGUGAUUACAAUUAACACACCGGCAUUUGCAGAAUCAGUCACAGAGGGAGAUGUCAGGUGGGAGAAAGCUGUUGGAGACACAGUGGCAGAGGACGAAGUGGUGUGUGAGAUUGAAACAGACAAGACAUCAGUGCAGGUUCCAUCCCCGGCAGCUGGCGUGAUUGAAGCCCUUCUAGUACCUGAUGGGGGGAAAGUGGAAGGAGGGACCCCUCUGUUCAAACUCAGGAAAAGUGGAGCUGCUCCCACCAAGGCCAAACCAGCAGUGGCCCCUCCUGCUGCAGCCCCUGCACCUGAGCCUGUGGCUGCUGCCGUUGCUCCCCCUGCAGAGCCAAUCCCCACUAUGAUGCCUCCAGUGCCCCCUGUGUCAACACAGCCCAUUGAUACCAAACCUGUGUCUGCGGUGAAGCCGACUGCAGCUCCAGUGGCAGCUCCUGGUGUGGAGCCAGGGGCCAGCAAAGGUGCCAGAUCAGAACAUAGGGUGAAGAUGAACAGGAUGCGUCAGCGCAUUGCUCAGCGCCUGAAAGAGGCUCAAAAUACAUGUGCCAUGCUGACCACCUUCAAUGAGAUUGAUAUGAGUAACAUCCAGGAGAUGAGAGCCCGGCACAGAGAUUCCUUCCAGAAGAAGCACAACCUGAAACUAGGCUUUAUGUCAGCCUUUGUGAAAGCUGCAGCCUUUGCCUUACAGGAGCAGCCCAUCGUGAAUGCGGUGAUUGAUGACACAACCAAAGAGAUGGUGUACAGGGAUUAUGUGGAUAUCAGCGUUGCAGUGGCAACUCCCAGGGGUCUCGUGGUCCCUGUCAUCAGGAAUGUAGAAACUAUGAACUUUGCUGACAUUGAGCGAACCAUCAACGAGCUAGGGGAGAAGGCCCGAAAGAAUGAGCUGGCUAUUGAGGACAUGGAUGGGGGCACCUUCACAAUCAGCAAUGGAGGGGUCUUUGGGUCCCUCUUUGGGACGCCCAUCAUCAACCCUCCCCAGUCUGCCAUACUGGGCAUGCAUGGCAUCUUUGACAGGCCUGUUGCUGUUGGAGGCAAAGUCGAGGUGCGGCCCAUGAUGUAUGUGGCGCUGACGUACGAUCACCGGCUGAUUGAUGGCAGAGAGGCAGUGACUUUCCUGCGCAAGAUCAAGGCUGUGGUGGAGGAUCCCCGCGUGAUGCUGCUGGACCUCUAGAGCACAGCCUUAACCCCAUACAACCCAACCAGGGCAGGGACGCAGCACCAGCAGGGGUAAUAUAGGGCAUUCAGGAACCAGCAGGAGUUCAUUCCAGUCUCCUCCCCGCCCCUGUGUCAGGAGGGGUCUUGGAGGGAACCCUGGAGUAAGCUCCUACCUCCUUUCCUGUUCUUUUGAGAGAUGGUUCAGUUUCUCCCUUGGGCUGUUAUCCAUUGGGCAAACUACCAAAUGGCAUGGGCUCUCCUGAACCACCUAUGUAGCCUCUUUCUCGCCUUCCCCUCCUUCCCCGUGCACCUGAGCGCACCUCACCUCCAGCAGAAGCUGCCUGCUACUGCACUAGGGUGCCCUUCCCCAGCAGCUCCUGUGCCAGUUCAAGUUUACUUCCAGCACUGGGAGGGAGGGAAAGGCCCUUGUGUGUCCCUGCCACUUGAAAACCCCCCACUCUCAUCCACCCCACAAAGCCAGCCUGGGAUCCCCGGGGUGACUGUAGCAGUGUUUGAUCGCACCCCUGCAUUCCCCCUGUUCUGGUGAUCUCAGGGGCAUGGACACUGCCAGGGCUGUCUGCCUCCCCUGCUGUCUCCUGCUCCUCAAACUAGCAGCUGAGGCGCAUCCAUUAGAAUUCAGGCACCUGUUUCCCUCCCUUCCCCAGCAGGAAGGCAGAAAUAGCCCCUCCCACCCUCUUCUGUGUUGAGGUUUGGUUCAUUUUCUCUGGCCUGGUCUACAUGGUGUGAAUGUCUGAUGUCUGGCAGGGCAGGGUCAGCAACCUCCACCAGGGGAGGCAGCUCCAUUCCCUGCUGCACCCUAUGGGCCACUCCUGGGCUUAGGCCACUACCUGCCAGCAGUUAGAAUAAGAAAUACCCCCCUGCAGCUGCCUUUGAAUUACAGCCCAGUGUUGAUGGGUGAAACCAUCAGCUUCCUGUCUGCAAUGGCCUGGCCUGCCCCCUGCUGUGAGACAGCUAGGCAAAGGGCCCCUGCAUCCUAGCCCCAGGCUGCUGGUAUGUGGGGGCAUAUCCUUAGUACAUAGCGUGCACAUGUUGCGGUGAGCGAGGGGCUCUUGGAGUCCCUGCCGGGUCUAUUACUCUCACCCCCUACACAACUUGUAAUUAAAGUAUUUAACGCAAUGGGUUUUAAAGACAUAAACCAGGGAAAUGAUCUAACGGUGGGGUGUAGCGGGGUGGGGAAGGGGAGCAGGAGUGUGUACGUGCUGGCGCCGGGUUUUGAAUCUGUGUCCCUGACUUGGUGCAAGAAACUAGCUGGAAGCACCAUGGGAAGAGGAGUCCCCACAGAGGGGAAUCUGGUGCUGGGCCCUGCACCAGGGCAUUUGCCACCACUGUGAUGAUGGAAGUUGAGGCAAGAUUUUUCUGACUGCAUUCUCUGCACCAGGUCCCUCUUAUGGCCUUUUUUUGUCAAGGGAAUAAAUUCAUUAACUCUG